AUGGUCACUCAGAUGGACAUAGGCGGGAAUUUGCACGGGGUGUUCAUUGUUUGGACAUCAGGGCGCAGUGGUUCGAGCCCAGUUGAGGGUUACUUUAACUCCAGGACAUCAGGGCGCAGUGGUUCGAGCCCAGAUGAGGGUUACUUUAACUCCAGGACAUCAGGGCGCAGUGGUUCGAGCCCAGUUGAGGGUUACUUUAACUCCAGGACAUCAGGGCGCAGUGGUUCGAGCCCAGAUGAGGGUUACUUUUACUCCAGGACAUCAGGGCGCAGUGGUUCGAGCCCAGUUGAGCGUUACUUUAACUCCAGGACAUCAGGGCUCAGUGGUUCGAGCCCAGAUGAGGGUUACUUUAACUCCAGGACAUCAGGGCUCAGUGGUUCGAGCCCAGUUGAGGGUUACUUUAACUCCAGGACAUCAGGGCGCAGUGGUUCGAGCCCAGUUGAGCGUUACUUUAACUCCAGGACAUCAGGGCUCAGUGGUUCGAGCCCAGAUGAGGGUUACUUUAACUCCAGGACAUCAGGGCUCAGUGGUUCGAGCCCAGUUGAGGGUUACUUUAACUCCAGGACAUCAGGGCGCAGUGGUUCGAGCCCAGUUGAGGGUUACUUUAACUCCAGGACAUCAGGGCGCAGUGGUUCGAGCCCAGUUGAGCGUUACUUUAACUCCAGGACAUCAGGGCGCAGUGGUUCGAGCCCAGUUGAGCGUUACUUUAACUCCAGGACAUCAGGGCGCAGUGGUUCGAGCCCAGUUGAGGGUUACUUUAAAUCCAGGACAUCAGGGCUCAGUGGUUCGAGCCCAGUUGAGGGUUACUUUAACUCCAGGACAUCAGGGCGCAGUGGUUCGAGCCCAGUUGAGCGUUACUUUAACUCCAGGACAUCAGGGCUCAGUGGUUCGAGCCCAGUUGAGGGUUACUUUAACUCCAGGACAUCAGGGCGCAGUGGUUCGAGCCCAGUUGAGGGUUACUUUAACUCCAGGACAUCAGGGCUCAGUGGUUCGAGCCCAGUUGAGGGUUACUUUAACUCCAGGACAUCAGGGCUCAGUGGUUCGAGCCCAGUUGAGGGUUACUUUAACUCCAGGACAUCAGGGCGCAGUGGUUCGAGCCCAGUUGAGCGUUACUUUAACUCCAGGACAUCAGGGCUCAGUGGUUCGAGCCCAGUUGAGGGUUACUUUAACUCCAGGACAUCAGGGCGCAGUGGUUCGAGCCCAGUUGAGGGUUACUUUAACUCCAGGACAUCAGGGCUCAGUGGUUCGAGCCCAGUUGAGCGUUACUUUAACUCCAGGACAUCAGGGCGUAGUGGUUCGAGCCCAGUGUUAGACUUUUACUGCAGGACAUCAGGGCGCAGUGGUUCGAGCCCAGUGUUAGACUUUUACUGCAGGACAUCAGGGCUCAGUGGUUCGAGCCCAGAUGAGGGUUACUUUAACUCCAGGACAUCAGGGCUCAGUGGUUCGAGCCCAGUUGAGGGUUACUUUAACUCCAGGACAUCAGGGCGCAGUGGUUCGAGCCCAGUUGAGGGUUACUUUAACUCCAGGACAUCAGGGCUCAGUGGUUCGAGCCCAGUUGAGGGUUACUUUAACUCCAGGACAUCAGGGCGCAGUGGUUCGAGCCCAGAUGAGGGUUACUUUAACUCCAGGACAUCAGGGCUCAGUGGUUCGAGCCCAGAUGAGGGUUACUUUAACUCCAGGACAUCAGGGCUCAGUGGUUCGAGCCCAGAUGAGGGUUACUUUAACUCCAGGACAUCAGGGCUCAGUGGUUCGAGCCCAGUUGAGGACAUCAGGGCGCAGUGGUUCGAGCCCAGAUGA